GGAGUGACCUAGGCGCUUGCGCUUACAUAACCUAGCCUUGUAUUCAGGAAACUACGAAAACGAUCAGGAUCCUCGUUAAGCACACUGGACAGUCUUCUAAGACGUGCUUCCGUUGCGUGCCAAAAUACAAAAAGUAUAUAGAUAGACAAAAACAGAAUAAACGUCGCUCGUUCGAAAUUGAAAACUGCCAUCGCAGGGAGACAAAGGCAAUACGCUUGGAGUAGCGAUGCUACGAGUAAACGUGGCUGCAGGCACGUGAAACAAGAAUGUUCGACUCGAGGAUCGGAUUCCGUUGGAGUACGAACUGCUGUUAUCUCCAGCGUUUACGAAAAGAAACACGUGAAUUACGUCAAGCGACUUACACAGCCCAAGGAACGCCACGAUGCUCUCAGAGAUGGUUCGACUUUCUUAUCAGCAUCGAGCGUUUUAUUGUUACGUUAUCCUCAGCGUUUGGAUUUUCCUUCUGGUUGCUGGAAUGUACAAAUACAUUGGUGUGGAUGACAAAAGCGCAACACAGGGACGCCCGCCCGGAAGUGAAUUAUCAAUUAGAGAAUUUCCACGCAACCUGAAACCAGAUGUUAAAACUAAACGAAUAUUUCGUUUUUGUAAUUCACCUAGUAACAUUUUACCUGGAACCGAGGGAAAAGCUGAUGGAAAUAUAACGCUUACCGGAAUCCUCAUCUUCGUCAGGCACGGCGACAGAGGUCCCCUAGCCCACGUGCGAAAUAUCAGUACAAUAAAUUGUGCUGGCGACUUUACGUCGUCCUCGGAAUUGGAUAAUGUCUAUCAGGGUUAUCAAAAUUUCCUGCAAAAUGCAUCUUCUAAUUGGCGCACCGGGUGGGCCCAAUUUUUGGGACCGUUCCAUGGAUUUCCAAUGCUGCCAGCUACCGCCAGGGAUUGCAAACUGGCACAACUGACCAUGUUGGGCGUAUCACAGUUACUCAAGACAGGACUACUCCUACGUAACGCUUAUUUUCACAGACUCAAUUUGGGAAACGGUACCAUAAAUUCAAAGGACGUUGUUGUCUACAGUACACGAUACAGAAGGACUGUGCAAAGUGCUGUGGCGCUACUGUACGCAUUCGUCGAGAACGAUGGAUUUCAAAAUUUAGCAAAAAUCAGCCUGCGUGAGACGCAGAGUUAUGCUUUUUGUAAUACGGAUUGUGCUUGUCCAGCUGCUGAGAAAUAUCACAAACAAUAUUCCAAGGAGCUUGGAGACCACCUGAAGUCGCACCCGGCUGUAGCAGAUCUAAUAAAGCAAGCUUCCAAUAUAGUCUUUGAGAUGCCAGACCAGGCCCAGACGACGGACUCCAACACACUAAGAGAUGCUUUAUUGACCUACGUCUGUCACGGGGCGUCCUUACCAUGUAUAGAUACCGAGACUCAGCGGCUCUGUGUCAAAACGGAACAUGUUACAGGAUUAUUUGCAUACACAGAAUGGGAAGCGCGUCAACAUGCUAAAAGUCAUAAUCGUCGGAAGUAUGGUUUGCUACGAGCAUAUGGUUUAUUACGUAGCAUCGUAUCCUACAUGUUGCGUAUGAUUUCUGAAGCCAAACCAAAGAUUGUUCUGUAUUCUGGUCAUGACAAGACGUUGGAAUACUUGGCGACUGCUCUUGGAAUUCUUUCUGAGCAGGCAGCCGUUCCACAUUAUGCUUCGCGCUUCGUCAUUGAGGUUUAUCGAAUCAAUCCAAAGUCAGAGACACACGUAGCCAGCGAUUUCUAUUUUCGCGUCGUCGUCAAUGGCAAGGAUUUCACCCAGAAGAUACCAUUUUGUCGUAAUACCAGUCUCUAUAAUGUCAACUUCUUUGAUCACGAUGACGGCGAGAAAACACGCAAGGAGUCAAAGCUUUGUCCCAUUGAGGCAAUUGUCAGGCAACUUCAUGACGACUAUUUUGUGCCAUUUAAUGCCACCAACUUCAAGGACGCCUGUUCUAUUCAUAGACAAGGCUAGCUCGUCGGUGUGUUAGCAGAGAAUUUUUCUUUCAAGCCGUGCUAGGGCUUCGAUCUUUCAUAGUUGGAAAAUAAAUUAAAUUUUCAACCUUUCACAUUCGUAUGAGUGAUCGGAGCUCGGAUAUUGGCAGAUUAAAAGGAAUUGAGUUUUUCAUCUCAAAAGAAUUCCUUGAUAUCUCUGAAAAAAAUAAUGAAAAGUCAUAAGUCCCGAGAAAAUAUUAAUAUAUGUAGUGAGGAGAGCCCCGUGCUUGUGUCAUCUUCAAAAAAGACUAACGAACUUCCUCACUGCAGUUAGUUAUUUAUCGUUUGGAAAAUCUCGAGCAAUUGAAAGGACAGGCACUGCUACACAGUAAAAUAUUUCAAAGAGAAAACAAUGUUGCGACAUAAGAUUUAAAAGAUUAAUUAUAAGUCUGAAAAGAAAGAAAGAAAAAUAAUAUUCUCUUUAAUUCAGUAUGUCACUUUUAGUCAAUUUAUAACACUUGAUGCACAUAAGUUAUACAUAAUCGUUUGUCAUUUUGAAUACUUUAAUUCAUCUCAUGACUCAGUAAUACACAAUGAAUUAGUUUCCCAUGUAGAAAUCAAUUUAAAUUAUAAUUGACGUGUACUGUGUAUUAGUAUCCUGGGUAAGAAUCCCAAAUUGGAUGAGUUCUAAAGUCUAUCCGGGGCAGCCUUAAGAAAGUAGAUUAUUUGUAAGAAGCUGUUAGCAUGUAGCGAUUUCAUAACACUGAGAUAACGUAGCUCUAGAUGGCCACUAUAUAUUUUAUCAUACAAUUUUAUGUAUAUAUGUAAAUAAUAUCAAGUAUAUGCGAAUAGCAAAGUAGGAUUUCGUUAUGACAAAUAAUCGCACAACAUCCUGUUAUUAACUACUUCUGCAAUUGUUAGUUUGUCAAGACGGUAAUGUUCUUUGCUCACAUAUUCCCUUCGUAAAAAUUUGCUAGAUUAUCAUUUUUUACAAUAAUUUAUAACUAGUAGUAUGACUGGUUAUUAGAAUAGUGAUAUUUGGAUGAGACUUUGCUGUAAAAUAUUUUUCAACUGUUUGUAUGGCCAUUUAAUUUUAAUAUAGUCUGAAUAGGUUACAGACAUGUAGUUUGUAAUGUAAUUAGUACGAAAGUUUUUAAUAUUUCACAAAAGAAGUCAGAUCUUUACCCCCGUCUCUGGGAAUAAAUUUUCAAAUAUUAUUUUCUUGACAAUCUAAUGAACUCGAAUAAACACGAAGAAUUUAAUUCUGACAAAUACUCCAAUUAUAGUACUAUUCUACUGUUGGCAUACAUUUUUAUUGCAGUUAUAGAGAAAUGUAUAGAGCUACGCUUGUUAUCUACUGAAUGUAAAAUGGCAAGUUCUGUUUUACUGUAAAGAUGUCUACGAUUGCAUUAAAAUACCGUUAAUUUUAUGAA